GGACAAUUUGAGCUUCACUUUUUUUUCUUUUAAAGUUAAUGGGGAUCCAUCAAUCAUCAAAAUACAUAAACAAAUGAUUGAAAGAAUGAUAUUUAAAAUUUUCUUUCAUACCAAGUUGGUAUUAUUCCUUUCUUGUUUUCAGUAGUAUUCUUAAAGCUUAUAGUUGUAACAUUUCCUUUUUUUUAUGGCAUAGAUUCUUUAGAACCCUCUUCAGGGGAAUGGACGGAUGAAUUGUUGUUCUAUUUUGAUUCUCUUCUUUACACGGUUGAAAAGAUUGCAUGUUUUUUUUUUCCUUCUGUUUUACACUCCUUUUCAUUGAUGCUUUCUAUAUUUCUUUAUCAGUUUUCUAGGUUGUAUAGGCACAAUUUGCAGCUGUUACACACAUACUUAGUUGUUGUUUUCAUAUUCAGAUGUUUUAUUAUUCCAUUUUGUACCUACUCCUUUGUGUAUAAAUAGGGACUAAAACGUUGUCUUUUCUUCAACUCAGCAUAUAUCACUUCUCAAUUUAUUGUUGUUGAGAGAGUUGGACUUUCAAAACUAUACUGAAGGUUGCAUUUCAUCUGUGAAGACAGAUAUGAGUUACAUAAAUUCUUCCAUGGGCUCUGGAAGUAGAACGGCAAGGAGGCUGGAGUUCGGAAGGACAUAUGUAGUGAGGCCUAAAGGAAAACACCAGGCUACAAUGGUUUGGCUGCAUGGCCUCGGUGAUAAUGGUUCUAGUUCUUCUCAACAGUUGGAAAGCCUAGCCCUUCCUAAUAUCAAAUGGAUAUGUCCAACGGCCCCAACUCGCCCCGUGGCUAUACUUGGUGGAUUUCCUUGCACUGCAUGGUUUGACGGGGGAGAACUUUCUGAUGAUACUACUAAUGAUCUUGAAGGCUUAGAGGCAUCCGUUGCACACAUUGCAAACUUAUUGUCAACUGAACCUGCUGAUGUUAAACUUGGUAUUGGAGGCUUCAGCAUGGGUGCAGCCACUGCCCUCUACUCAGCGACUUGUUUUGCUCUAGGAAAAUAUGGAAACGGAAACCCUUACCCUGUCAACUUGAGGGCUGUCAUAGGCCUCAGUGGGUGGCUUCCAGGUGCUAGGAAUGUGAGGAACGAGAUUGAAGGAUCACAUGAGGCUGCAAGAUGUGCUGCAUCUUUACCCAUUCUACUGUGUCAUGGAAAAUGUGAUGAAGUUGUUCCUUAUCGAUAUGGAGAGAGGGCUUCCUAUGUCUUGAGCUCAGCUGGAUUCCGGAAUCUUCAAUUCAAAGCUUAUGACGGGAUUGGUCAUUACACAGUGCCAAGGGAAAUGGAUGAGGUUUGUAAUUGGUUAACUGCAAGGCUCGGUCUUGAAAGUUCUCGACGAUAAACUCCAUUACAACUAUUUCAUAUUCAACAUAACUGAUGAAAAAAGAAAAGAGGCUUUGUCAUUAUACAAUGCCAAGCAAAAUGGGGAAGCAGUAACAAGGAGGAGUAUACAGAGUUCUCAUGUAGUUAAUACUAUAUAUGCUUUAUGGUGAAUGCUAGGACUUAGUCUUCCAAUUUUGCCUUAAAAUUUUCUGUAUAAUAAAAUUUUGGAUGUGUGUUAUUUUCAUUCACUUGUAGACACAAAUAAUUUGACAUUUUGUUCUCUUCAAUAACAGUUUUGACUUCCAAAAUUAAA